CGAAAAAAAAAGAUAAGAGUAAGAAAAAAUGUCCUCCACAGAUUCUGAAAUCUUUUACCCAAACCUCUGAAAGAAAAACCUUCCGGCGGGAAAAUAGAAAAGGGAUUUAGGGUUAUACUCAUCUGGUGACAUACCAGCGAAGCGAAUCCGAUAGCUAUGGCCGGAGAAGCCUCGACUAGCCGCCGAAAGAGGCAACGAGUUCCCUCUAUUGGCGAAAAUGGUGGAGGAGAUGCGGUGGCGCGAUCUGGGACGUUGUUCGAGCUAGAUCUUCUCGAUUGUCCAGUUUGUUGUCACGCUCUCACGAUUCCUAUCUUUCAGUGUGACAAUGGACAUAUAGCUUGUUCUUCUUGCUGUACUAAACUGAGGAACAAAUGCCCUUCCUGCACUUUGCCCAUUGGUAACUAUAGAUCUAGAAUAAUGGAGAGAGUUGUGGAAGCAGUCAUUGUCCCAUGCCCAAACGCCAAACACGGCUGCACAGAGAAGUUCUCUUAUGGCAAAGAGUUGGUCCAUGAGAAGGAAUGCAGAUUUGCUCUGUGCUAUUGUCCUGCACCAAACUGCAACUACUCGGGUGUGUGCAAGGAUCUCUAUAGGCACUACUACGCUAACCACAGGGACACAUGGAAUGAAUUUGGGUGUGGAAAUUCCACUGGUGCAUGGCUGCGUAUCAGUGAUAAGAUUUUAGUCCUUCAGGAAUAUAGGGAUGGUCCAUUAGUUGCAGUUCAGUGUUUCAAGGAGCGAGAAGGAGUGUAUGUGAUUGCGAAUUGUAUAGCACCUUCUGCAGCAGGAGUUGGGGAGUUCUCCUAUGAGCUCUCAUACAGGACGCCGAUGGGAGGUAGGGACACUAUGACGUAUAAAUCGGGGGAGAUGAAUAGGAUUCAGAAAGUGAGUUUUCAAAUUCCGGAGAAGGGCUUCAUGUUAGUUCCUCAUUAUUUCUUGGGUGAUUGGUCUACGUUAAAGAUGGAAAUUUGCAUAUGCAAGCUAAAAAAAGAAGAACAACAAGACGAAGCUGAUGAAGAUGAAGAUGAUGAAGAAGAAGAAGAUGAUGAUGAUGAUGAAGAAGAUGAUGAUGAUGAAGAAGAGUAAUAAUCAUCAUAUCAUAUCCAUCGUAGGUCGUUUUGUUCAUAACUUCAUCUACCCUUUUAAUACAUUUCUGAUGUUUUUUUUCUGCAGCUACUUUAUUUUGUCAUCUAUGCACUCUAAACGAAAAAGUUUCAUUGCUCAUUGUUUUACUUAAUGCUGAUUUUUCUCCAACCAUCUGUUAUACUCA